UUGUAUUACGCCCUAUCUGCGGCCGUCGGUACUAUCCAUUGGCCAGUACGGGAAAAGACAGCUAGCUGCUUAGUCAUGGCGCGAGAGGAUGAAGAACGCAUCGUGGACAACGAGGAGCUGUCUCGGCCAGAGGAGGAGGCAGAUCAACAGAUCAUAUCAUCCGAUCGCCGUCAGGAUAAUGAACUGGCUCUGCCCUCCGACGGUUGUUGCAUUCCCUCCAGCAGCAGCCAUCGUUUCAUGGCCCUCGUCUUCAUGUGCCUUCUCGGUUUUGGCUCAUACUUCUGUUACGACAAUCCCGGAGCAUUGCAGGACGUAUUCAAGAAGGAUCUGCACUUGACCUCGACGCAGUUUACGCUCAUCUAUUCAAUCUACUCCUGGCCCAACGUGGUCCUAUGCUUCCUCGGAGGAUUUCUGAUCGAUCGUGUGUUUGGAAUACGACUCGGAACGAUUAUUUAUAUGCUGAUCCUGCUUGUGGGACAAGUGAUCUUUGCCAGCGGCGCCCUAUUGAAUGCCUUCUGGUUGAUGAUUUUGGGUCGCUUCAUCUUCGGCAUAGGAGCGGAGUCGUUGGCUGUGGCCCAGAACAGCUAUGCCGUCCUCUGGUUCAAGGGCAAGGAGCUAAACAUGGUCUUCGGACUGCAGCUUUCUGUCGCCCGUUUCGGCAGCACCGUCAACUUCUGGGUGAUGCAACCCAUAUACAACUACGUCAGCAAGUUCUACCACGAUAAUAGUGCUCUAGGCGUAGUCCUACUCCUGGCCACACUCACCUGUGUGAUGUCGCUUAUCUGCGCUCUCAUCUUGGGCUUUAUGGACAAGCGGGCGGAGCGGAUUCUGCAACGGAACAACAACCCAUCUGGGCAGGUACCCAAGCUAACCGACAUCUUUACAUUCAAGCCCCCAUUCUGGAUGGUCUCGAUCAUUUGCGUUGCCUACUACGUGGCAAUCUUUCCAUUCAUUGCCCUGGGACAGAAGUUCUUCAUGGACCGCUUCGGCCUGACGCCGUCCGAGGCCAACACGGUGGACUCGCUGGUGUACCUCAUUGCUGCCGUAUCGUCGCCGAUCUUUGGCUACAUCAUCGACAAGGUUGGACGCAACGUAUCCUGGGUAUUUACGGCGACUCUGACCACCAUUGGAGCCCAUGCUCUGUUGACAUUCACGGGAGUCUCACCAUACGUGGGCAUGAUCAUAAUGGGGCUAUCCUAUUCCAUGCUGGCUGCCAGCUUGUGGCCCCUAGUGGCCCUCAUCAUUCCGGAGUAUCAACUUGGCACCGCCUACGGCUUUUGCCAGUCCAUUCAGAAUCUCGGCCUGGCCGUUAUCACCAUCCUGGCUGGCAUCAUUGUGGAUCACAGCCAUAACGAUCAUACGUGGGUGCAGCUGUUCUUCAUGGGAUGGCUGACCAUUGCGCUAAUCGCCACUGGAGUCAUCUGGGCUUACAACAAGAAGCAGCAGGGAAAUCUGAACAUGACGCCAGUGCAGCGGGCACAGUUUGUGAGCGCCCAAACGUACCAGCAUUUUGAAUAGGCGGUGUCAGCCAAGCGGAACCCGCAGAUUGGAUUAUUAUCGGUUACUUAGUAUAGGCAUAAAAUUGUUCCCUGCGGGCAACGCUCUAGAGUCGAACAGAGUCGUAUGAGUCGAGUCGAUGAUCUUGUUCCGCGAUGUGAUGAAGUGUGAUGUGCGCCGCCACGAGUCGCGAAUUGGUAUUUACUAACUGCAAUUGUUUUGUCAAACGAUAUGAUAUACAAUACGCCCUGAUCAGCCUUGAUUUCCCUUUGCCCACAUACGAGUACGAUUGCAUGAAUCCCAAUCCCAAUUACGAGUAUAUCUCCGGGUAUUUCAGGGAUGAUCACAGCGAUUUAUAUGUUAAUUUUAUGCUAUGUAUUUUUAGAACAAUUUAUUAUUACAGUUACCGCAUGUUUAUUGUGUCAGCGUUUUACAAAUUAAACAUAAAAUCCAUGAAAGAAAGUGCAUUGCAUUGCUAAUAAAUCGAAACCUAAUACAUUGUA